UCCAAUCCAAUCCAAUUCGAUUCAAUCGAAGGACCAAAAAUGGCGUCCCUUUUCAAGCUCAUCUCUCUUCUUUUCCUCGGAGCAGUGAUCUCCUCCUCCGUCCCCUGUCACGCGAAGACUUGCUCCGGCUACACCUUCUCCGGCGGCAGAUCUUUCAGCUCCUGCACCGACCUCCAGCACCUGGGCGCCGCCCUCUACUACAACCACGACGCCUCCGAGAACGCGGUCUCCGUCGCCUUCAAGGCCCCGCAGAGCUCCACCGGCUGGGUCGCGUGGGGGCUCAACCCGAACAGCACCAAGAUGGUCGGCACGCAGGCCGUCGUCGCGUUCCACCACUCCAACGGCAGCCUGGUCGCCUACCCCACGCGGCUCGACAGCUACGCCCCCUCGAUGCAGCCGCAGCCGCCGCUGAGCUUCCCGGUGACCGACGUGUCGGCGGAGUACGUCAAGAAGGAGAUGAUCAUCUUCGCGACCCUGAGGCUCGCCGGCGGCGCCACCAAGUUCAACCAAGUCUGGCAGGAAGGCAGCACAGUGUCCCACGACGUUCCGCAGGCACACUCCAUGGCCGGCGACAACAUCAAAUCCUUGGGAUCCAUUGACUUCCAGUAAUUAAGUAAAAUCCAUGCACGACUAGUUAAUUAUUACUAUACUCGAGCAGAAGCUUUGUGCAUUGCUUCUGCAACUAUAGAUAUGUGUGAAUUACCUCAUCAUCUUCUACUGCAUCAUCAUCAUCAAUAAAAUAUAUUUUCAGGAUACUUAAA